AUGUAUAAACGAGUGACUAGCUAUGUUAAGUAUCAGGGUAUCAAAUCAGACAGUUUUCCCGUAUUACAAGGAACUAGACAAGGAGGGAAAAGUUCGCCAUUAUUUUACCUCCUCUUCAUUGAUGGGUUGAUAAAGGAAUUAGAGAAGUGUGGAUAUGGCUUUUGUGUAUAUGACCUAAAUGUUUCAACCCCAACUGUAGCCGAUGAUAUGGUCCUAGUGUCAUUGUCGAAAUGUGGUAUGGACAAAAUGCUCGAUAUAUGCUCCAACUAUUCCCGUCAAUGGAGAUAUAACUAUAAUGUCAUAAAGUGUGGAAUAAUUGUUUAUAACGAAAGAGAUACAGAAUCAAAAGAUAAUCGUGAGUUCAAAUUAGGAAAUGAAGUGAUCAAAGAAACAAAAAGUUAUAAACAUUUAGGCAUAGAGACUGAAAAAACCCUCAACACAAAGAAACCAAUAUUUGAUGCAGGGAACAAACUUCGCGGCACUUUGCUUAGCAUUCAUAAUAAUGGCAUAAAUCCUCAACUUUUUAAACCCAAUCACCUCAAGAACUAUUUAUUGCUCUGUUGUCAUUCCUCGUGCAUUGUAUGGUUGUGA